AUGGCGAGCCCGGCGCUCAACUUUAUCACCUUCAAUCAGGACCACAGCUGCCUUGCUGUUGGCACCUCGAAAGGCUUCCGAAUUUACCACACCGAUCCAUUCUCUCGCAUCUUUAGCAGCGACGAUGGCAACAUUGCGAUUAUUGAGAUGUUAUUCUCCACGUCUCUCGUUGCCUUGAUUCUAUCUCCGCGCCACCUCGUCAUACAAAACACAAAGAGAGCUUCGGUAAUAUGCGAGCUCACAUUCCCUUCUGCAGUUCUGGCAGUGCGCCUCAACCGCAAGCGCCUCGCCGUCGUACUCGAAGAAGAGAUAUAUCUCUAUGAUAUUAGCAACAUGAGUCUCAUCUACACUAUACCAACAUCUCCCAAUCCAUCGGCCAUCUGCGCCUUGUCGCCCUCGUCCGAAAACUGCUUCAUCGCAUACCCGCUUCCGAAACCACGAGAGGAUACCGAUACAAGACGGCCUGCUCAUGCGCCACCUCAAUCAACAUAUGUAGCCCCGACCGCAGGGGACGUUCUUGUGUUCGAUACCCUCACUCUGAAAGCUGUCAAUGUGAUCGAAGCGCACCGCUCGCCGUUGUGCAGUAUAUGCCUGAACAAUGAUGGGACACUGCUCGCGACGGCCAGCGAGACUGGCACCAUUAUUCGUGUAUUUUCUAUACCCCGUGGCCAGAAACUUUAUCAGUUCCGUCGCGGGACUUACCCAUCGACCAUAUACAGCAUGUCAUUUAACCUGAGCUCUACGCUUCUCUGUAUCUCCUCGACUUCCGACACCGUUCACAUUUUCCGCUUGGGAGUGCCUCCGGGCAACGGUACUCCAGGUGGCGCGCCGAUUGAGCCUCCUGGCUCUCCAAGACAAGAUCGCUGGUCGCGUGGCAGACAGUCGGAUGACGGAGGCUCCCCCGGCGACAGUGCCGCCGAGUCACCGAGAAGCGAGGCGGCAGAUCUUGCUAAUAACCCUGGCAAAGUCACCAACCGAAGGCAGAGUGGCUCUUUCGGCAAUAUGCUCCGUCGGUCCUCUCAAAUCAUGGGGCGAGGUGUCGCAGGCGUAGUGGGCUCCUACCUCCCCCAAUCGGUCACCGAAAUGUGGGAGCCCAUUAGGGACUUUGCAUUUAUCAAGAUCCCCAAAUCCAACGCUUCGCUGAAUACUUCGCGCUACAGUGGCGGCUCACCUGCGGGUCCUCUGCGCAGCGUCGUAGCCAUGAGCAGUAGUAGCCCUCAAGUCAUGGUAGUGACUAGCGACGGCGGAUUUUACGUCUAUAAUAUUGACAUGGAAAAUGGUGGCGAGGGAUAUCUCGUGAAACAGUUUUCUGUUCUCGAAGGAGACGAUAAAAUUGACGGUUCAUCGUACGGUACUUGA